UUAAAACUUAAAAAGAAUGUUUAUUAUGUUUUUUUAAACGAAUUAAGUAAUAUAUUACAAAUUUGUGAUUAUCUAAGUUUUGUUAUCAUAAAGUUUUUAUCGAAAUUAUGAGUAUUAAAUAGAUAAUCCAUUAACUAAGAUGAUGAAAUUAUACCUUAUUGCGUUUUUAGAUAUAUUUAAUAUUGCAUUAUUAGUACCAAUAGCACCUGUUCAUUUGCUUGCUAUUGGAGGAACAAGGUUCCAAAUUGGAUUAUUAGCUUCCUUACACGCAGUUUUACAGUUAUCCAUUGGACCGUUAAUAGGUAGUUGGAGUGAUACAAAAGGAAGAAAACCUUUAUUAAUCCAAUUAGGUUUCUUGGUUUUAAUCAGCAAUGCUCUUCUUUUUAUUAAAUCUUCUUUAAUCAUUUAUGUUUUCUCUCGAUUCCUUUUUGGAGUAUUUGGGCACAUACAAAUUUUAAUAAAAGCUUUAAUAACCGACCAUGUACCUAAAGAGAAACAAAACGAGGUUUUUGCAAAAAUCGGAGGGUUAUUCGGAUUAAGUUUUGUUGUUGGACCCUUACUUGGAAGCAUUUUAAUUUCUUACGGGUUUGAAUACAUUGCAGCAACUUUAACCGUAACAAGCGUUAUUAAUUUAAUUGCAUGUCUCACACUACCAAACGAAAAAAUCAAACAAAAUAAGACCAAAAAAGGCGAAAAGGAAUUAUUCGAAGCUUUUACAAAUUUGAAAACGAUUAAAUGGGGAUCUUAUUGGGACGUUUUAACGUAUAAAUUCUUAGGAGAAACGAGUAACGCGGCUUUUUUCUCGGUUUUUGGAAUGUUAAUAAUGGACGAAUACGGAAAAACUCAAGAAGUGAUGGCUUAUGUUCUAUCUUUCUUCAGUUUUAUGGUGAUUGUAGCAAAUUUGUUCAGUAACAAAUUAAAAUUGGCGUGUUAUCCGAAUGAUACGAAAGGAUUAAAGAGAAAUCUUCAUAGUUUUAUUAUCGUUACGUUAGUUUAUGUGGUGCUUUACGUAUUUUCAAGUUUUUGGAUGUUAGUAUUUCUCAUUGUACCUUUAUCGGUGUUUAGAACUUUAUUGGAUGUCACUUGGACUGAAAUGUUGGUUAUGAGAACUACUAAAGAUGAUAGUGGAAAGAUUAUGGGUGUCUUUGAGAGUAUGAUUCAUAUGGCUGGGUUAUUAACGCCUAUUUUAAGUGGGUAUGUGGUUGAUACGUAUGGAUAUAAAUCUACGUUUUUAAUUAGUGUGGUUGUGCUAAGUUUUGGAAGUCUAUUGGGUUAUGAUAGAUUAAAUAAGAAACGUAUUAAGAAAGGAAAGAAAGUGAAAAAUCAAUGAUUAUUGUAUUAUUACUAUUAAAUUAAAAACAAUUACAUAAAGAAUAAACUAAA